UGCAAUGGAACACACAGAACUUGGAACGAAACUACUUUGGACAAGAAAACCAUGCAGUAUAAAAUAAUGGCUUUGGCUGUGAGAAGUCUGCUGAAAAAGGAUCUUGAAAACGUAACGGGCGUUACUGAUAUUAAAAUAAAAAAAUUCUUGAAGAUUCACAGAAACCCUGGAACGUUUUGCGAAUUUGAAUUUAAGUCCGAUCUUGGAAAAGAAAGAGUCGAAAAUGAACUUGACAACGCCCUCGACAUUUGCAUGGAAAAAGCGUCGAUCUUGAACCUUCGACAGAACAUGAGUCUCCUGUUGCCUGGUGUAGAAUGGAAGGAUCCCUUUGCUGAUUACAACAAUUCUGAGUACAGAAGAAUAAAAACAGCAAUAGAAGAUGCUCUUAACGAAUUCUACCAAGACAAAGACGACGUCGUGGAUUUUGAGGUCGUUUCGCUCGCUAAAGCAAAUGACGGAUGGACCUUAGCGAAGGUGGAGUACUAUGUUAUCCGUCAGAGUUGGAAAUACAUCGGAGAACACGCACCCGAGGUCAAAUUUGAGUUGUACCGAAAAAGACGAAGCAGGAUUAAGAAUCUCCCCGAGAAAAUCCAGAAGGAAGAGACCAAGACCACACCUGUUAGCAGGGAGGAUUGCAUUGUUGUGUUAAAUUCAUAUGAU